AUGGCGGCCGGAGCCGGUGGCGGCUCUCGCUGCCCGCACCGCGGUGCUGGAGGCUGGAGCGGGCGGCGCCGGUUCGUAGCUCGGCACCGUUGGGGCGAGGAGCCGGCGAGGAGCCGGCGGGGCUGGGGCUGCUCCUGUGGAUGUGCUGGGUGCUGGGGUGGGGCGGAGAGUUGUCGGUCCUCCUGGGGCUGGAGGAGGGAGCGCGGAGGCAGAUUUGCGGCUUCUGCGUGGAUUUCUUUGCUAUUUCUGCUUUUUUCCCGUUUAAUUUUUUUUCUCCGCUUCUCGUGGGAGGGCGAGCUGGCUCCGAGGAGCCGUUGCUGGGCCGGGCCGUGGGCAGACGUGCAGGAGAAGCCGGCCGCUCUCCGUUUUCCCGUCCGUGCCGGAGAACAAAGAGCCGGCCGGGCCCUGGCGGCGCCUCAGCCUGGAAGCGGGCGGCGCCCGGCGCGGUGGGGGAAGGGCGGCGCGGCCGGAGCGCGGCUCCAUGCGGCAGGGCGGCGUCCGCCUCCGCCGGGGGGCGCCCUCGCGCCGCGCCGCCCCCGCAGCCCUUUUGUUCGGCGGCGGCGGCCAUGUUGGCGGCCCGCGUUCCGCCCGCCGGGCCGGGAUGGCGGUGCGGGCAGUACGGGGAAGGGUGCGCGGCCUCGUGCUGCGCUGCCUCGCCCGAUCUGCGGUAGACUGCGUUAUUUUUCACGCGCUCUUGCUUUGAUCCCUAAGUUUUGUUUUUCCCCACCCCGUCAAUUUAAUUUUAUUCUUUUGAAGAUUCUUCGUUGUCAAGCCGCCAAAGUGGAGAGUGCGAUUGCAGAAGGGGGUGCUUCUCGUUUCAGUGCUUCUUCAGGCGGAGGAGGUGGUAGGGGUGCACCUCAGCACUAUCCCAAGACUGCCAGCAACAGCGAGUUCCUGGGGAAAACCCCAGGGCAAAACGCUCAGAAAUGGAUUCCUUCACGAAGCACUAGACGAGAUGACGACUCCGCAAACGACAAAGAACGACAUGAUGCAAUCUUCAGGAAAGUAAGAGGCAUACUAAAUAAGCUUACUCCUGAAAAGUUCGACAAGCUAUGCCUUGAGCUCCUCAAUGUGGGUGUAGAGUCUAAGCUCAUCCUUAAAGGGGUCAUACUGCUGAUCGUAGACAAAGCCCUUGAAGAGCCCAAGUAUAGCUCACUGUAUGCUCAACUAUGUCUGCGACUGGCAGAAGAUGCACCCAAUUUUGAUGGCCCAUCUGCAGAGAGUCAUCCAGGACAGAAGCAAAGCACAACAUUCAGACGCCUCCUAAUAUCUAAACUUCAAGAUGAAUUUGAAAACAGAACCAGAAAUGUUGAUAUCUAUGAUAAGCAUGAUGGUCCCCUCCUCCCUGAGGAGGAGGAACAGAGAGCCAUUGCCAAGAUCAAGAUGCUGGGGAACAUCAAAUUCAUUGGAGAACUUGGCAAGCUUGACCUUAUUCAUGAAUCUAUCCUUCAUAAGUGCAUCAAAACACUUUUGGAAAAGAAGAAGAGAGUCCAACUCAAAGAUAUGGGGGAGGAUUUGGAGUGCCUCUGUCAGAUAAUGAGGACAGUGGGACCUAGAUUAGACCAUGCAAAAGCCAAGUCCUUAAUGGAUCAGUACUUUGCCCGUAUGCGCUCCUUGAUGUCAAGUAAGGAAUUGCCAGCAAGGAUUCGUUUCCUGCUGCAGGAUACUGUGGAGUUGAGAGAACACAACUGGGUUCCUCGCAAAGCUUUUCUUGACAAUGGACCAAAGACUAUCAAUCAAAUCCGUCAAGAUGCGGUAAAAGAUCUAGGAGUUUUUAUUCCUGCUCCUAUGUCUCAAGUGAUGAGAAGCGACUUCUUUCUGGAGGGACCCUUUAUGCCACCCAGGAUGAAACUUGACAGGGACCCACUCGGAGGGCUUGCUGAUAUGUUUGGACAAAUGCCAGGUAGUGGAAUUGGUACUGGUCCAGGAGUUAUUCAGGAUAGAUUUUCACCCACUAUGGGACGCCAUCGUUCAAACCAACUUUUCAAUGGCCAUGGGGGUCACCUCAUGCCUUCUGCUCAACCCCAGUUUGGAGAACUAGGCAAAUCUUUUCUGAAAAGUCAGGGGCAAAGCCAGCUCUACCAUAACCAGAAUCAGGGACUCUUAUCCCAGCAACAAGGACAGUCGAAGGAUAUGCCACCUCGGUUUUCUAAGAAAGGACAGCUUAAUGCAGAUGAGAUAAGCCUGAGACCUGCUCAGGCUUUUCUAAUGAAUAAAAACCAAGUGCCAAAGCUUCAGCCCCAGAUAACUAUGAUUCCUCCCAGUGCUCAACCACCACGCACUCAGACGCCACCUUUGGGACAGCCUCCUCAACUUGGUCUUAAAACAAAUCCACCACUUAUACAAGAAAAGCCUGCAAAGACCACCAAGAAGCCACCUCCUUCUAAAGAAGAGCUACUUAAACAAACGGAAGCUGUUGUGACUGAUUAUCUGAAUAAUGGCAACGCUAAUGAUGCUGUCAAUGCUGUGAGAGAAAUGAGAGCUCCAAAACACUUCAUUCCUGAGAUGCUGAGCAAAGUAAUCAGUCAGUCCCUCGAUCGAUCAGAUGAAGACAAAGAGAAAGCAAGUACUUUGAUCAGCUUACUCAAACAGGAGGGAAUAGCCACAAGUGACAACUUCAUGCAGGCAUUCCUGAAUGUAUUGGACCAGUGCCCCAAACUGGAGGUGGACAUCCCAUUGGUGAAAUCCUACUUAGCACAGUUUGCAGCCCGUGCCAUUAUUUCAGAACUGGUGAGCAUUUCCGAACUGGCUCAACCACUGGAAAGUGGCACCCAUUUCCCUCUGUUCCUGCUCUGCCUUCAGCAGUUAGCUAAGUUGCAAGAUCGUGAAUGGCUAACAGAAUUGUUCCAACAAAGCAAAGUGAAUAUGCAGAAAAUGUUACCAGAAAUUGAUCAGAACAAGGACCGCAUGCUGGAGAUCUUAGAAGGGAAAGGGCUUAGCUUCUUAUUCCCACUUCUGAAACUGGAGAAGGAACUGCUAAAGCAAAUAAAAUCGGAUCCAUCCCCACAAGCCAUCUAUAAAUGGAUUAAAGAUAACAUUUCACCCAAGCUUCAUGUAGAUAAAGGAUUUGUGAAUAUAUUGAUGACCAGUUUCUUGCAGUAUAUUUCAAGUGAAGUAAACCCACCUAGUGACGAAUCAGAUUCUUCGUCUGCUCCAUCAAAAGAGCAACUAGAGCAGGAAAAACAACUGCUUCUUUCCUUCAAGCCAGUAAUGCAGAAGUUCCUCCAUGACCAUGUUGAUCUGCAAGUGAGUGCUUUAUAUGCGCUCCAGGUGCACUGCUACAACAGUAACUUUCCAAAAGGCAUGUUACUGCGCUUCUUUGUUCAUUUCUAUGAUAUGGAGAUCAUUGAAGAAGAAGCCUUUUUGGCAUGGAAAGAAGAUAUUACUCAAGAGUUUCCAGGAAAAGGCAAAGCUUUAUUCCAGGUAAACCAGUGGCUAACCUGGCUGGAAACUGCUGAAGAAGAAGAAUCUGAAGAAGAAGCUGACUAAAGAACCAGCCAAAGCCUUAAAUUGUGCAAACAUACUGUUGCUAUGAUGUAACUGCAUUUGACCUAACCACUGCGAAAAUUCAUUCCGCUGUAAUGUUUCACAAUAUUUAAUGCAGAUGUGUGUCAGUAGGAUAUCUUCUGCAAAAGGUUUUUGUAGUAUGUCUUAAUAGUCUACAAUAAAAAUAUUUUAGAGUAUCUUUAAUGUUUAGAUAACAGUGUAUUAGCAGCAUGCAAUAAUUACAUCAUAAGUUCUCGAGCAGAAGCAGUCUGUUGCAAGGGUCUUCUUUGCUGCCAGUUAACAUAGGCUGUUUUUAAGUUAGAAAACUGAAUAGCAACACUGAAUACUGUAGAAACGCACUUUGCUCAGUGUAAUACUUGAGUUGUUGCAAUAUUUGAUUAUCCAUUUGGUUGUUACGGAGAAUCCUUAACUGUAAUCGAUGGUUGUUGCCGUAAUAGUAUAUUGCCUGUAUUUCUACCUCUAGUCAUGGGCUUUAUGUGCUAGGUUUUAAUAUCCUUGAGCCUGGGCAAGUGCACAAGUCUUUUUUUUUUUUUUUUUUAAAGAAACAGUUU